CAACGAAUCAGUUUCACCAUAAUUUAAAUAAUAAAUAAAUACCUGCUCGCUGGCCAAAUUCACAUAUCAAACUAAUUGCAUUUGAUAUUAAAUGACACUCAAUUAAAAAUAUGACUUCGUAAUCCAGUAACGUAGAGAGAGAGAGAGUGCGCAACAGGUGUGUGUGUGUAACAGCAGAGAGUGUGUGAGUGUGAGUGCAGAGACGUCGCUUCGAUUUGGAAGUCUAUCAAUUAGGAAGGGAAAUCCAACGAGCGAGCACAGCGCCUGGAGGAGGUCUCGUGCCUGGCCUGGCCACAAAACACACACACAUUUCCGAAAGGGCGGCGAAGAUGGACCUGCGUAAUCUAACACUGCCACCGCCAGCCGCAACAACAAUUAUGUCCUCGUCAUCAUCAGCAGCCGCAGGAGCUGGAGCAACAUCAGCAGCAGCAGUGGGAGCUCUAAUGGGAGGACCAACCACAGCGGCACUGGCGAGUUUCGCAGCGGCCACAGCGACGAGCAUAGCCUCAGCAGCAACCUCGACACCGACACCGUCGCCGACAACAACGCCAGCCACAUUUUUUACAUACAGCAUACCGGGCAUGGACAUAGCGCCAGGACCAUUUAUAUUCACCUACGUUAGUGAAUUUUUAUCGCUUAUCACGCCCGAAGAAUUGCCGCUCGAUUCCAUACGCGAUGUCCUGCACAGAAAUGUCAGCCUGCUCGACUUUGCCUCCAAUGCCAUCAAAAUCGAGUCCGGUUUCAUUGGCCUGAUGAGCAUCUUUGCCAUCCUGGCAUUGGUUCCGCUGAUUGCCACCUGUGCCUGGUGCUGCAGCCGCCGCUCCACCCAGGAGGAGGUGGACCACAUACGCAGGGCCCCCGUCCACAUACGCGACGAGGCCCUGGAGGAGAGUCUGCGGUGCCGCAAGAGCGCCGGCCUGGUCACACUCUGGAUCGUCUUUGUGCUGCUCACGCUGAGCGACCUGAGCAUAUUCUAUGCCAACAGCCGCCUCUCCGCGGGCAUCGAGAUGACGCCCGAGAUGGUAAAGUCAGCCGUGCACGAUGUGGAGGUCUUCCUCAAGGACACGCAUCUGCAGAUCAAACACAAACUGGAUAAUGGCUUUCAUGUUUCCGUCGAGAGAGUCGUCAAAGACUUGGAAGACGUGGAUGUUCUCCUCGGCGAGCCAAUUCAAGCGGAAAUAUCUGCACACACUGGCCUUGAGCUGGCAUAUGAUUCAUUGACGACACUUAGCCUGGCGAACGCGGAGCUCAUCUAUCGCGUCCUCAUGCUGCAGGAGACUGUCGGCCGGGCCCUGAAGCUCUCCCAGGAGGCGGCGGCACGCAUGGAGGAGCUGCAGAUACAAUUGUCCGUGCUGCAGCGGCAGUGCACGUACCGGGACAGGCCGCUCUGCGACACAUUGCGUAUACGCAGCUUCGAGGAGAACGGCGUCGUCGAUGCCCUGAAAACUCUGCAAGAGGACCAGAGCAUCUUCCGAAUGCGCUACUUGGGCGAAAUUGAAUUUGGUGCCACUGUCAAAAACCUGACAUCGGAAGUUGGCGUGUCACGUUCCAUUUUCAGCAAUUUCCCGCAACAAGUUAAACAUGACACGGCAUAUGAGCGGAACUAUACUCUGGAGCAAUUGUCGAGCAUUCGUCACAGGACAACGGCGAACGCACAGCAGCUGACGUCGGCCAUCAAUGUGGUGCUGAAGCGACUGGAGGGCACCUGGCCCUCGAUGCAGCCGGCCUACAAUGAGCUUAAGGAGUGGGCGGACAUGUACUGGAGCAUGGGCUGGAUAGCCGCCAUGGUGAUCGUCUGGGUGAUGCUCUUCAUGCUGAUGUCCUACUGCUGCUUCCUCUGCGAAUCGAACACCAAGUCCGGCGUGGUCUUCUUCGUGGCCGUGCUGAUCAUCUGCCUCGCCAGCGUCGCCCUCACCUUCUACGGUGUCUUCUCGCUGGCCGUCGGCGGCAACACGGAGGUCUUCCUCUGCCGCUCGCUCUACGACAAGGACUACGAUAUGCUGGGUAAGCUAUUCGACAAGCCCGGCUAUGUGUAUGCCCGCGAGCCCCAGACGGGCAUCAUUGGGGAGCUGCUGCGACCGGCCGGCGUCAAUCGGUCCGUGGUGAAUGUCAGCCUCGGCGCCGCCCUCAGGGGCUGCGAACAAAAUCAAGCGUCGUACAAUGUCUUUCAAUUGGAUGCGUUCGUGAAUACCACCAAAAUAGCUGAUUUGAAACAGUUCCCGAAAGUUUCGACGGCCAUCGAUUCAAUUUCCGUGUCCGGGCGCACGCUGCUCUCGCUGACCCAAUCGGUCCAGAACAUAUUGGAGAAUAUGCUGCAGACGUCCGCAUUCAAUCUGACCACCUACCGCAGCAGCGUGGGGGCGCCCACCCCCGAAAAGGAUUUGGCAACUUUCAUUGAUCAAAUGCAGAGAGUUGCCCUACAGAUUCAGGACGUGGCCACAUCAUCGCGCAUGACAACCCUGGGAAGCCGUUCGAAGCGCCUGCAGGCGUCGAUUCUGCAGCCAUUGGAGAAUCUGCAGAACGAGAUACUGUACCAUCUGACGGCGCUGGAGUUGCAGCGGGAUCCCUGGGCCAAGCAGGUGAAUCAGACGCUCAACCAUUUAAAGAGCAUCCAGGGCUACCUGGAGAACAAGGCCGGCGAGAUUUGCCACAACAUGACCCGUCACUACACGGACCGCCUGAAAGCGUACUUGACCAGCAGUCGAGCCACAAUGGAAUCGCAGCUGGGCGACACCACCACCAAGUGCCGACCCUUCUACGACACCUUCGACGCCAGCCGCACCUUCCUCUGCCGCAACAUGGUGGACUUUGUCAACGGCCUCACCUUCUUCAUCCUGCUCACGCUGCUCCUGUGGGCCAUUGGCACCCCCGUGGGCCUCAAUCUGAUCACCAUCCAAACACGCCUGAAUGUGAUGCAGGCGGCGCAGUCCCGCAGCAAGGCCAAGCAGCGGAGGAGCGAUCGCAGUCCGGAGCGGGAGAGGGAGCGGGAGCAGCGCAGCGACAGUCGGGGCGGCCGGAAGAAGCAGCGGACGAGCAGUGCCUCGGCAACUGGCAGAAGUGGCCGUCGAGAGCAGAGCCGGGAGCGCAGCACGAGCAGCACGGCACGGCCCAGGCCACCGCUACGCCGCACCGCCACCGAGGAGACACUGGACUUGGACGAGGACUCGACUCCAACUAGGCAGCCACAGGAGCAGCAGCAGCAGCAACCAUCGCAACGGCGACAGGAGCAGAAUCAGCGGGAGAUGGAGCGAGAGCGGGUGCUGGAUCGCGAUCAGCACAGUCGGGAGCGGGAGCUGAGUCGCGGGCGGGACGUUUCGCCGAACAUCAACACGCCCGUGCGCAGUCGCAGCCGCCAGCAGCUGCGGCACGACCCCGAGGAUGACAAUUGGGGCUCAUCCAGUGGUCCCAGUCGAGCCACCUCCAAUGAGCGCGAGACCAGUCAGACUAGAAAGAUUCUCAAUGUUUGGCAGUCGAGAAAUAAGAUCAAGCCACCUGCUCUUCGGAGACAGGGCACCGAGGAGUACGACUUUAAUGUGGCACCCGAUGACAUUGGGUGGCGAUCCAAUGUCCAGUCCAGUGCCAGUCCCGAACAUCGGUCCGACCAUCGCAGCCGACAGCCACAGUCGCAAUCACAAUCACAAUCACAGUCACAGUCACAGGCGACAGACACUCGCUCAAAUCUCCGUACUAAGCAAAAGUUACGUAGUACCAACGCGGAUAGAGCUAGCAGCGAAAUGGUUCGUCGUCCCGUAACGCCCGUAUUGAGAGUCAAUCCAGAUAUUCCGGCCGCCGUUCCAAUGCCCCGCACGCCGAUGCGUUUGAAGAGCAAGGUCUCGCUGACUGCCCGAGCAGUGCAGGAUAUUGUCAACAAGCGGAGUCAGCGUGUGCAACGCACUGGUACCGAUGAGUUUGACUUUGAUGAAAGCGAUGCCUACGGUACUGGAGCACAUCUAGAGGCGGACCUAGCAGCUGCCCGACGCACGCCUCCGCGCGGCGCUCCCCCGCCCCCACCACCGCCAGUGCCCGGCAUGAACAGGGGCCUCAGCGUGCGCACUGUGCGGUGGAACGAAGACGAGGACGAUCUAGUCUUCGAGGAUGUCGACGCACCGAAAAGUCCCAUUUACUUGAGCCAAAAUCUACCCUGAGCCCGAGCCUGAGUCCCCACGACACACAAUUUCGAAUUCUAGUGCUAAUCCUAAGUCUUACAUCGCAAUUUGUUUUAUAUUUCGCUUCUGCCACUCGAUAGUUCUUAAAAAAAAAAGAAGAUAGCCAUAGAGUCACCCACUGACGGUCUCGUAUGUAUUAAGCAUUUAACAAGGUGUAUCUGCCAUUAAUAAAUAAAGAAAACUGGAUAACUGGAA